AUGGAAACUUUGUACCAUCAGACAAGUCAACUAGUACAGGAAGCUUCAUAUUUGUUCCACAAAUUAGAACUGGAACCAGAUGGAGAAAAAAUUGAGGAUGCAAUCCAAACUAAAAUCAACGCUAUUAGUGCAAAUUGUGAACGGUUAGAUGUUCUAGUAUUUAAAACCCCCAUCAAUCAAAGGCCUAUGGCUAAGAUGCGAGUUGAUCAACUUAAGUAUGACAUCAGACAUAUUCAGGCUUCUCUGAGUAAUGCUAAAAAUAAAAGACGCCGAAGGGAACAAGAGAAGGAGGAGAGAGAGCAAUUAUUGAAUAGACGUUUUGGUCAUGACCACACAGCAAUCACUGUGGACUAUUUGGCUCAAGAGCAGAAUUCUUUGCAUAAUUCUCAUCGUAAUGUUGAUGAAAUGCUGCAUACAGGUUCAAGCAUAUUGGAAACGCUAAGGUACAAUCGAGACACAUUGAAGGGUGCUCAUAGAAGGCUAAUAGACCUAGCGAAUACGCUCGGGCUUUCUAAUGCUACCAUAUCACUCAUCGAGCGAAGGGUCUCCCAAGACAAAUAUGUAUUAUUUGGCGGAAUGUUUGUCACUUUGGCUGUGAUUGUACUUGUGAUCAUAUAUUUGGUA